CACCCCACAGUCUGGGCCCCGAGCUGGCCGCUGGACGAACAACCUCGGCAAGUCGUCAUCGAGGACCUCGUUCCGCUCGGUCCUUUCAGAAGACAGCAACAAAACAGCGACUCCGCAGCGCCCACCACUGCGCCUUCUCUUCUCCUCGUUGAAGAUUCUCACCUCUGCCAUUCCGCACUUUCCUUCUCCACUUGCAUACCCCGGAUUGAGGAGCCAGAAACAAGCCAGGACAACUGCCGUUACGGUCCACAUUCCUCCACCUCUGUAGAAGACUUGCGCAUUCUGUAACUGCCACAUAUUCAGACACACCAUGGCUCCCCCGGAGCUGCGAUAUGACGGCCAGACGGUCGUGGUGACGGGUGCUGGCGGCGGUCUCGGACGGGAGUACGCCGUCUUCUUCGGCAGUCGCGGCGCGAACGUGGUUGUGAAUGACCUCGGUGGGAGCUUCAAAGGCGAGGGCAAGGGCUCGCAGGCCGCCGACAAAGUCGUCAGCGAGAUCCGCGCCGCGGGCGGCAAGGCCGUCGCCAACUACGACUCGGUCGAGAACGGAGAGGCCAUCAUCAAGACGGCCAUCGACAGCUUCGGCCGCAUCGACGUGCUCAUCAACAAUGCCGGCAUUCUGCGCGAUAUCAGCUUCAAGAACAUGAAGCAGCAGGACUGGGAUUUGAUUUACAAGGUCCACGUCAAGGGGGCAUACAAGUGCGCGCGGGCGGCGUGGCCGUACUUUCGGAAGCAGAAGUAUGGACGUCUGAUUAGCACCGCGUCCGCUGCAGGUCUGUUUGGCUCGUUUGGGCAGACAAACUACUCUGCGGCCAAACUCGCCCUUGUCGGCUUCACGGAAACGCUCGCAAAGGAGGGUUUCAAAUACAACAUCCUCUGCAAUGUCAUCGCUCCUAUCGCCGCCAGCCGCAUGACCGAGACCGUUAUGCCGCCCGACGUCCUCGACAAACUGAGGCCUGAGUGGGUCGUGCCGCUCGUCGCCGUCCUGACCCACAAAUCCUCCACCGAAACCGGCUCGAUAUAUGAGGCAGGAGCGGGACACAUUGCUAAGCUGCGGUGGGAGCGGACCAAGGGAGCGCUCCUGAAGCCGGAUGACUCUCUCACGCCGGGCGCCAUCGCGGCGAAGUGGAAGGAUGUCGUCAACUUCUCCCAGUGCGAGCAUCCCCAGGGUCCUGCGAAUGCCAUGGAGCUUCUGGAGGCUGCUACCGCGUUGCCCGCAAGCCCUCGAGCACACCAGCCUGACUUCACGGGCAAGGUCGUCCUGGUCACGGGUGGAGGUUCUGGUCUCGGCCGCGCAUACUCCCUGCAGUUUGCCAAGCUGGGCGCAAAGGUCGUUGUCAACGACCUCGUGAACCCAGAUCCCGUCGUCCAGGAAAUCCAGAAGCUCGGCGGCCAGGCUGUUGGGAACAAGGCCAAUGUGGUCGACGGCGAGGCAGUAGUCAAGGGCGCCAUUGAUGCCUAUGGCCGCAUUGACGUCCUCAUCAACAAUGCCGGUAUCCUCCGCGACAAGGCCUUCGCCAACAUGACCGACGAGCAGUGGGAUAUCAUCCACCAGGUGCAUCUCUUCGGCACCUACGCAUGCAGCAAGGCCGCUUGGCCCUACAUGCUAAAGCAGAAAUAUGGCCGUAUUGUCAAUACCACCUCUACCAGCGGUAUCUAUGGCAACUUUGGCCAGGCUAACUACGCCUCGGCUAAGUGCGGUAUCCUUGGAUUCUCCAAGUCGCUCGCGCUCGAGGGCAAGAAGAACAACAUCUUCGUCAACACGAUUGCUCCAAAUGCUGGCACUCAGAUGACCCGCACCAUCAUGCCGGAAGAGAUGGUUCAGGCGCUGAAGCCGGACUAUGUCGCUCCUCUUGUCGUGCUUUUGUGCUCUGAUAAGGCACCGGAGCCGACUGGUGGAUUGUAUGAGUGCGGUAUGGGCUGGUUUGCUGCUACCCGAUGGCAGCGGACAGGUGGUCAUGGCUUCCCGGUCGACGUCAAACUCACUCCAGAGGCUGUGUUGGAGCAGUGGGAGAAGAUCAACAAUUUCGACGAUGGCCGCGCCGACCACCCGUACGACAACGCAAGCGGUCUGAAGAGUAUCAUGGCCAAUAUGGAGAACACUGCCAAGGGCAAGAAGGAGAAGAAGGGCAACGAUGAAGUCCUCAAAGCUAUUGAGGAGGCGAAGUCGGCUAAGGCAGAGGGCACACCGUUCGAAUAUGACGAGAAGGAUGUUAUACUUUACAACCUUGGCAUCGGUGCCAAACGCACCGACCUCCCCUUCGUGUACGAAAACCACGACAACUUCCAAGUCAUCCCCACCUUUGGUGUCAUCCCGCCCUUCAACGCGCAAGCCCCAUUCUCCAUGGCCGACAUCGUCCCCAACUUCUCGCCCAUGAUGCUGCUGCACGGUGAACAGUACCUCGAGAUCCGGAAAUUCCCUAUCCCUACCGAGGCCAAGCUCGUCUCGUACCCCAAGCUGAUCGAGGUUGUCGAUAAGGGCGCCGCUGGUAUCAUUGUAACAGGAACAACGACCAAGGAUGCGAACACAGGCGAGGAUAUAUUCUAUAAUGAGGCCACGGUGUUUAUCAGGGGAUCUGGCGGCUUUGGCGGGCCUAGCAAAGGCACCGACCGUGGCGCCGCGACCGCAGUCCACAAACCCCCGCAGCGCAACCCCGACGCUGUGAUUGAAGAGAAAACAAUCGAGGAACAAGCCGCCAUAUACCGCCUCUCCGGCGACCGCAACCCUCUCCACAUCGACCCCGAAUUCUCCAAGGUCGGCGGCUUCAAAGUGCCCAUCCUGCACGGUCUGUGCUUCUUUGGCAUCAGCGGCAAACACGUGCUGCAGAAGUUCGGCGCGUUUAAGAAUAUUAAGGUAAGGUUUGCGGGGACGGUCCUGCCGGGGCAGACGCUCAGAACGGAGAUGUGGAAGGUCAACAACACGGUGGUUUUCCAGACUAAAGUCGUGGAGACGGGCAAGCUGUGCAUUUCGGGCGCUGGCGCGGAACUGAUGGGCGGCGCGAGCAAGUUGUAGCCGUGUAAGGGCGCGGAAGGAAGAAAAGACAUGGGCGAGCUUGAUGUGUAUGUGGAGUUGAGCGGUUUAUUUUUUUUUUGUAGAUACAUUUGUAUGGAUAAAUCUACCUUUCCUUUUCAUAACU